GAUGGCCAAGUGGUGGGUGUGAACUUUGCUGGGGGCAUCUUCAAUGCUGGUGGUGCUGGGCCCUUGCACCCACCAGCCCCAGCCCCUGCCAAUGGGGGUGAUGCUGAUAUGGAGGACCAGGAUGACUGGGAGAAGUUGGAUGACUCACCUGAAUGA